AUGAUGUUCACCAAGACUCUCGGCCUUGCUGCCCUCUUCACCACCAUCGCUUCCGCUCUUCCACAGGACAUGAUGGCCCGUCGCUCAGGCAUGGUCCGUCGUGACGGCGGCGGUGUCACAAUCACCAACAACCUCGAGCAGGACGUCUACGCCUGGUCCGUAGCUGGCGACGUCGGUCCCAUGCAGACCAUCACCAGCAGCGGCGGUACCUACUCCGAGACAUGGCGCACCAACCCCAACGGUGGUGGCAUCUCCAUCAAGCUGGCCCUCGACCCUGAGCAGCGCGAUGUGCUCCAGUUCGAGUACACCGAGGCCGGCGACACCAUCUUCUGGGACAUGUCUUGCAUCGAUAUGGAGGCCGGAAACAACAAGUUCACAGACUUCGGCUUCUCUGUCGUGCCUUCUGAUGAGACUUCCACUUGCCCCAAGGCCAUUUGCAAGGCUGGUGACACUGCCUGCUCUGCUGCUUACCUCCAGCCCACCGAUGACCACGCCACCCACGGCUGCCCCAUCGACACUGGUCUUAAGUUGACUCUCGGCCAGUCCUAA